AUGAUAGAACCAGGAUAUGCUGGACGAAAUAGCGAUGGAGGUGUUUACAAGGUCAGUGCCAUGCGAUACUGGCUCAACCAUGGUGCUUUUCAAACUCCGCCACCCACCCCAUUGCGAUACGACGACAUACAAAGACCAUUCCCUUACUACUUCUUGGCAGAUGAAGCGUUUCCACUAGCACGCAAUGUAAUGAGACCAUACAAUGGAAAAUCACUCAAUGAUGUAAAAAGAAUAUUUAACUACAGAUUAAGCCGAGGAAGAAAAUCUAUUGAAUGCACGUUUGGUAUGGCUACUGAAAAGUUUGCAGUGUUAAAUGGUCCCAUAAGAUGUCGCAAUGCAGAAACAGUAAUCGACAUCGUAAAAGCCGCUUGUUAUCCUACACAAUUACGUACGGAAAAGAGAAGGUAUCGACUAUACGCCGGCUACAGUGGAAAUAGCUGA